GGGUCCCGUCGGGGCAGAGCCGGCUGAGCUCCGCGGAGCGCCCAGGAUGCGCAGGGUGUCCGCGACCCUCCGCGGCCGGGCGCGGGCCCGGGGCCACGCGGGGACCACCACGCCGCCCCCCGCGAAUAGCACAGGCACAUGUGCCCAAAUGCAGCCACCUCCGCGGGGUUCCAUCCAAGUCAUUCGUGGUGACGGCGCUUCUGUGGGCACGGUCAUCGUGUUCCACUGCCCUGCGGGUCACCAGAUGCUGGGGUCCGGCCUCCUCACCUGCUCCUGGAAAGGGAGCACCGCGGAGUGGUCUUCAGGGACACCCACGUGCAAGUCCGUACCACCGCAAGACAUGUUUGGCUUCAAAGUGGCUGUGAUCGCCUCCAUCGUCAGCAGCGCCAUCAUCCUGCUCAUGUCCGUGGCCUUCCUCACCUGCUGCCUGAUGAAGUGCGUGAAGAGGAGUGAGCGACAGCAUGCUGACAGGGCCACCCAGCUGUGGCUUCAGUUGCGAGGGGAGGACCUAGAGACAGUGCAGGCCGCCUACCUGGGCCUCAAGGGCCUGCACAACAGCAGCCGUGGAGAGUCCGGCAGCCGACCCAGCCAGGCACAUGAUAACCACAGCUUCACCAGUGACCUUGGUGAUGGGACCAGAGAAGUGCCUGGUGUGGCCCACAGCACGAACAAGGCCCCCUGGGUGCCAGGGCCCAGUGCUCUGUGCCCCAGCAACCCCACCAGCUCCCACUGCACCCACUCGGCGAACCUAGGGCAGUUUGUGCCUGCCCACAGGCCCACCGCGGGAAGGCCCAGACAGCACACAGCCUACCUCCUGGGGUGAUCAAGGCUGAGCCCCCAGCAUCCCCUUCACACCCGAAAGGCCGGGCCAUCUUACGAGUUGACAGCGGACGUUUCAUCCAGUGUCUGGCUGAUUGUUCAAUAGAGUCGGCUUCUGGCUUAGGAAGCCAAGCUGGGGGCCUCAGGCGGGGUCCUGUCCUAGGAGCGCCCAGCGGCAGAAGCUUUUAUAGCUCAGCUCCCUCAGCCACUAUGGUUCACAGACUCAGCCGCAGUCUCCCUCUGCCUGGUUCCCAGAAAGACAUUUUUAAGCCAGUUUAGUCUUGUGUAAUGGAGCAGGAGAACAGAUCUGCCCAGCCACUGCAGAGGUUUCUUUUACAGGGGGUGCUGCCUGUGAUGGGGGCUUGGCUGUGGCUGGCUUCUGUCUCUGUAGAGUUGCUGGUGAGAGGUGUGAAGUAGUUCUUUCUACUGCUGAAACAAUACAGAGUAAAAGUCACUGUCUUUGUUUCCAGUCCCUCCCCCUUUCCCGCAGAACAUCAGGCCCCAGUGCUGCUGCAAGUUGCCUCUGACCACCUGGACUGCUGGUCUCCUGACAGCCUCCACCGCCCCUCUGAGGUGGUAUGGUCAGCUGGUGGCUGGCAGGCUUACACACGUCCCAUUAGCCCAGAUCAUGCCGGGUCCCCGGCCACCUCUAAUGGGCUGGGCCUCUGCCCUAUGGUGAGAGUCCUUCUGCAUCCUAUUCCACCAGGAAGCAGCGGGGGCUCUGCUUCUGGGGUGAGUGCUGGUUUGACAGCUGGUGGUACAGUCAUGCCUAGCCAAUCUUUCAGAUUACACUGAGAGAUUACCAUCCAUGUGUUCUGCUUUUUCAGGGGGAAAGGUGGCGGCGAAUAACCAGGGCUUUAUCCCUCUGAGUCUUUUUUAGUUUUUCUCCCCCCUUUGGUCGUCACUGGGAUUUCAUUGCUCCAAGCCAACCCCCCCAAAAAAAAAAAAAAAAAAAAACAGAGACUGAAAGAAAGAUGCCACAGCACUGAAGCUUUGUUCAGUGCAGUAGGGGUUGGGCUCAGACCUGGGUUGUGCCCAGGACAAAGCAAGCGCACUAGCCUAGUGAGCUGUUCUGUCAGCCCUGAGGUGAUGAGAGGGGACGUGCCACCCCCUCCAGUGCUGUACAACCAAGGAAACCUGGUCGUGCACCUUGCAAAACACUGUCCAAGUGAGUGGCUUCACAGGCUCUGCUCCUUUUUUUUUUUGAAAGGGAGAAACCAGAGUCGCCUGUAGUGUGCUAGGCUGGAAUCUGGGUCUAGAGCACAUGCAUGAUCAGGCAUGCACUCUACCAGGUAAGCUGUCUCUAAGGUCCCUUUUGACACGAUGAGAAUUCAUUUGUUGCUUUUUUUUUUUCUUUCAAGACAGAGAGGCACAGAAGGAGAGAGAAGGAAAGAGAUCACAGCGCCGAAGCGUCCUUCAGUGCGGUGGGAGCCAGGCUUGAACCUGGGUCGUACACAUGGCAAAGUAGCACAGUGUACAGAUGAGCUACUUCACAGACCUUGUUUGCUCUGUUUGCUAUGUCCUUGGGGUCACAGCCAUACACACAUAUCUACCUGCCCGAUGGCUCAGGGCUGCCUCUGGGCCCCUCAGUGUCCUUUCCUUGGUGAAGCUCCCCAUCCUUCUUGGGCCAGUUAGAAUCUGGCCUUCUGCCCCCCUUGACUUGCGGUGUGGGUUCUUAAGGGAAGUGGUGGAGUUCUGCCCCUUGAAUUUCCCAGCUUCCCGCGGGGAGACCUCACAGCCAGAUUGGGUGGGAGCUUGAGGAGAGGAGCCAGACAGCAACCAGUAGUUGUGAGGAAACAAGAAGCUACCCCCUGAAACCAUAUUUGUCCUGUUCUUCUGUCAUUUACAAACAAGUUCUGGGCUCAAGAGGUGGUGCACUUGGUUGAGAACACAUGCUAUCCUUGUAAGGACUCAGGUUUCAAGCCCCCAGUCCCACUUACAAGAAGGAAGUUUCACAAGUGGUGAAGCAGUGCUGCAGGUAUCUCUCUCUUCCUCUCUCUCUCUUAAAAAUAUUUAUUUAUUCUCUUUUGUUGCCCUUGUUUUAUUGUUAUAGUUAUUAUUAUUGUUGUUGUUGUUGAUGUUGUCAUUGUUGGAUAGGACAGAGAGAAAUGGAGAGAGGAGGGGAAGACAGAGGGAGAGAGAGAGAUAGACACCUGCAGACCUGCUUCACCACUUGUGAAGUGACUCUCCUGCAGGUGGGAGCCAGGGGCUCGAACCAGGAUCCUUACUCUGGUCCCUGCACUUUGUGCCACCUGUGCUUAACCCACUGCCUGACUCCCUCUUUCUCUCAUUUAAAAAAAUAUAUUUUUAUUUAUUAUUAGGUAGAGACAGAGAGAAAUUGAAAAGGAAGGGGGAGAUAGAGAGGGAGAGAGACAGAGAGACACCUGCAGCCCUGCUUCACCACUCAUGAACCUUUCCUCCUGCAGGUGGGGACCAGGGGCUUGAACCUGGGUCCUUGAGCACUGUAACGUGUGCCCUUAACCUUAACCCUUAAGCCAGGUGUGCUGCUGCCUGGUCCCUUCUCUCUUCCUCUCUAUCUCCCCUUAACUUCUCAACUUUGUAUCCUAUCAAAUUAAAAAUAAUAAAAACAAGCAAAAAAAAAAAAAAACACACAAGUCCUAAACCUAAAUCCAGUUCCACAGAGCAGUCUGUGUAUCCUGGGACUCCGAGAGAGGCCUUCAGAGAUGGACGCCUGGAGGGGCCAUGCGGCGGCAUGGCUGGUUAAGUGCUCGCAUCACAGGGCACAAGGACCCAGGUUCAAGCCCCUGGUCCCCACCUGCAGGGGGAAAGAUUCAGGAGGGGUGAAGAAGGGCUGCAGGUACCUCUGUCUCUAUCUCCCCUCCCCUCACAAUUUCUAUCUCUACCCAAUAAAAAUAAAUAUAUUUUUUAAAAAGUACACUUGGUAGUUCCAUAUUUGGCUAUCACCCUGAUGCUGUCAUGGUGUUGAUUUUUUUUUUUACAAGACGCGGAGAAAUUGAGAGGGGGGGGGAAGAUAGAGAAGGAGGGAAAGAUAAACACCUGCAGACCAGCUUCACCACUUGUGAGGUGACCUCCCUGCAGGUGGGGAGCUGGGGGCUUGAACCCGGAUUCUUAUGUGGGUCCUUGUGCAUCGUACUAUGUGCAGUUAUCCUGGUGCGCCACUGCCCAGCCCCCACCGUCAUUGUUUUUCUGGGUGCUGUUCCGCUGGAGAGUGGUGCUCACACGCAGUGUCUUUCCCGGCGUGCUCCUGAGGAGAUGCCGCUGCCCAAGCCCGAGUCUCACUGUGGGUCUCUGGUUAACUCUGCAGACUCCCAAUUUUUCCAGAAUUACAAGUCAGUGCCCUUGU